GAUGGAUUUGCGACACACGUAAAGUAGUGUGCCCUGUUGUGAAUAGUUUCAAUAGUUUGGUGCAAAACUGGUUCUUCAGAGCAUCUUCUAGCUUAUUGUAGACAAAACGUAUUAUCAUCUUGCCAAAAACCUUACGAAAAAUGCAAACAUUUGACUCUCCGUCCUUGUGGUAAUAUCGUUAGCUUUUUUUUGAUGGAAAGUGUAGAGAAGCCACGUUACCUCAGCUGCAGCACACCUACAUGCUACGGAUACAUUUAUGCCAACUCAAACCUGACCAACGACCCUUGUGCAACAGGGUUGUGAUCUUGUGGGGUGCAUGUGAUGUUGAGUUGCAUCACUUGCUCAGCCAAGACCGCAGACAAUCUGAAGAUUUCCUUCCUUUUUCCGCACAUGCAACAGCGAGCCAAACAAAUAAAUCCAGUGGAGCACUCAUCCCCCUCAGUCUGGCUUAACCAGGGACCAGACAACAAGGAAAUAAGUUUGCUAUGAAAGCUGAAUUCAGAGCUACCAUGCCUGCAUUAGUCAGCGUCUUCUUCCUAUUAGUUGUGAGUUGUACUACUGAUGUUUUCGCCUUGAAGUGGAACCUUUUUAGGCAUAAAGUGCCAGGUCCUUUAGACUUUGAGAUCUCUUACAAGACCUACUACUUUGACCAAAAGAUUGACCAUUUCGGAUUCCUGGAAGAUGGCACUUUCAAGCAGAGAUAUCUUGUUGCAGCCCAGCAUUGGCAGAAAGAUGGCGGCCCCAUCCUCUUCUAUACCGGCAAUGAAGGAGACAUCGCUUGGUUCUGUAACAACACUGGAUUUAUGUGGGACGUGGCUGAAGAACUGGGUGCCAUGUUGGUUUUUGCUGAGCACCGUUACUAUGGCGAGUCCAUGCCAUUUGGGGCUGAGUCUUACAGUGAUGCUAAGCACCUGAACUACCUGAGCUCAGAGCAGGCUCUGGCGGACUUUGCUGUGCUAAUAAAGUGUCUGAAGGCAAGCUGGCCAGGUGCUCAGACCAGUGCGGUUAUCGCUGUCGGAGGCUCGUAUGGGGGCAUGCUGGCGGCCUGGUUCAGGAUGAAGUAUCCACAUGUUGUGGCUGGUGCCCUGGCUGCCUCCGCGCCCAUCUGGCAGUUCCCCGACAUGGUACCCUGUGGUGUCUUCUACAAAAUAGUUUCUGAUGAUUUUGCCAGGAGUGGAGUAAACUGCAAUGCCAACAUCAGGGGGUCAUGGAACGCUAUCGACAAAUUGUCCUCUACAGAUGAGGGGCUCCAGUGGCUGUCCAGAGAGUUCAGUCUGUGUGCUCCGCUCACAAAAGGAGACGGCCUAAAAAGCUGGCUACAGGAGACAUGGGUGAAUUUGGCAAUGGUGGACUACCCAUACAAAGCCAACUUCCUGCAACCCCUACCAGCCUGGCCUAUAAAGGUGGUUUGCCAGCAUCUCCAGUUCAGCCCGGAGGUAUCUGAGCGGCAGCUCCUCCAUGGCAUUGCCCAGGCCGCGAAGGUCUACUACAACUACACCGGGGACGCCUCCUGUCUCAACAUCUCCCAGUCUGCCACCGGCAACCUGGGCAUGAUGGGCUGGUUCUACCAGGCCUGCACAGAGAUGGUGAUGCCCAUGUGCUCAGACGGCGUGCAGGACAUGUUUGAGCCGCAGGAGUGGAACUUCCAGGCCUUCUCAGAUGAGUGCUACGCCAUGUUUGGAGUGCGGCCGCGAGCCGACUGGGCAGAGGUUGUCUACGGAGGGAAAGACAUCACUUCCUACAGCAACAUCAUCUUCAGUAACGGGGGUCUGGAUCCCUGGUCCGGAGGAGGGGUGACCCGGAACCUGUCGGACUCUCUGGUGGCCGUGUGGAUCCCGGAUGGAGCGCAUCACCUGGACCUGCGCUACAACAACGAGUACGACCCCCGGUCCGUGCUGGACGCUCGCCUGCAGGAAGUGACCAUCAUCAAGCAGUGGAUCAAGCAGUCGGCAGCGCAGGGGAAGGUGUGACCAGGGGUCCCGGUGUCAGAGCCCAGACCCUGUGGAAACGUCUGUGGUUCUGACUGAAAUAACGAACGGGUCGUCCUUGUCAUUUGUUUACUUCACUGAUGCAGCUUAAAACCUCUUUUCUUCUUAAAUCUCAGCGACACAAUCUGGAGCUGAACCAAAAAAAAAAGGGAUCCGAUUAAAGUUUUGUUUUUGAAGUUCUCGUUGCAAAACAAUGAUGCAAUGCUAUAGCCAGCCUUAACAGGAGAGUAAAUUAUGUAAUCAAACUAAUGCUUUAAUUGGAUAUUUGGAUGAUUCGGUAUGAAAAGGGGCCUGUCUCCAUGUGCCUUAAGUAGAUUAUAAAACUGAUCACUUGUAUCCAGAUGGCUCUAAUGGAAAAUGAUGAAAAAUGUCCAGUUGCAUCAUUAUUAGGACAAAGGUCUGAGUUGGAUUCUCUUCACCCAAUGCUAAUAAUUCUCAGGUGCUAUAAUUUGAAAUCUGAGACAUUUUUACAGAUUGGUUUUGUUCAUGAUGCCAUUCACAUAGCCAAAGACUACAUUCAUCUAUACUGUGCCUACAUUGGCUAAGGUAUAUUGUAUGAUUCCUUUUGGUAAAUUUCUUUUUUGGUGAAUUUGAGGAGGAACUCAAGCCGUCAAGCCAAGUUGUCAAGCCAAAUGUAAAACAGUAUUCUGUAUUACUCUUCAGUACGAUAGGGCAGCUUUAAUUAUGUUUGUGUUGAGUUGUAACUAAUGCCAUCACCUUACUUUUAUGUUCAACUCUGUACACACUGCACUCUGUUCAAAAGUACUUGAAAUGAAUGAAAAUAAUGUGUUUUAAGGGCUGGACCCAAAUGUCACAAGGCCAGAUUGUGUUUCUCAUACUGGCGAUUUUAACAUGGUGCUUUAGCCCUCUCAUUGAAUUAGUUAAUGACUGUGUCACUCGAUGCCAUCCUGUAAUGACGCAAUAUCGCGAAAUGUCAAGAAGUGACUAACUCUGUCUUUUGUUGCUGGAUAAAAAGCUGCCUAUUGUUACCCCGA